AUUAAAUAAAACUUACAUAAAUAAUUAAAUACAACUUUAUAAAUUCACAUUUUCACAUUAACCUGCUCCCCCUUUCUUCUUCACAACUCUGUUUCUUCCUUUCUUUCUCCUCUUCCUCCAUUGAUGACCUUUCACUACUAAAAGCUUUUAACUUUGAUCAACUUUUUGAACUUUCAUGCAAAAAUCUUAGAAAUGAAAUUGUGAACACAAUAACUGCUUAAAGUUACAAUCUUUCCUGCUUUUAGAACAUACCCACCAAAUUUUUUUCACUCAUCACUUGUUUAACAGUACAAAGGGUUUUGGUUUCAAGUUUCAACCCUUUUUCUGGUUUUUGCUCCAAAGUCAUACAUGAUAGCCAGCUCCUUCAACAAUGCUGAUUCUAUGUUUUCAAAUGAAGAAGGGAUAGAUGUUAGAAAGAUGAUGGGACAUAAAAGGAGCCUUUGUUCCGUUGAUCAAAGCAAUUAUAACUCUAUUGCUUCUAAAAAGCAAAAGCCUGAUUUAUCGAUCAGCACUAAGGAUAGGAAGGAAAAGCUCGGUGAACGAAUUGUUGCUCUUCAACAGCUUGUUUCACCAUAUGGAAAGACAGAUACAUCUUCUGUUCUAAAGGAGGCGAUGGACUACAUAGAGUUCCUUCAUAAACAACUGCUUAGUGCUCCUUACCUCGAAACUUCACCAGCCGCCCAGAUGCAGGGUACAGAGUCAUGCAGCAGCCUGAGGAGUAGAGGGUUAUGUCUUGUUCCUGUCUCAUUUACUAUUGGAGUUGCUGAGGGCAAUGGUGCAGACAUCUGGGCACCAAUCAAGACCACUUCACCUAAACAUGAGAACGAUGUCUCGCAAAUUCAGUGAUUAAUUUUGUUAGCUUAGUAGCCUUAAGGUUGCCAAGUUGCUAAACCAGUCUAUUAGCAUUAAAAUUUAUCAUCUAUAGAUGGAAUCAUAGUAGUAGCUAAAAUAGUCAUAAGCUUUAAGAACCCUUCUAUUAAGAAGCUUUCCCAUGCCUUAAUAAUUUUAAACCGGUGAUGGUAAGCUUUUAAGUACAUCAUAUGGAUUCAAUUCUAUGUGCUGAUUAUCAAGUGUAUAUUUCAAUAUUCUUGCUGUUUAAUGAAUGAUUCCAUGUACUGAUUAGCUUAAUGAAAUUCAGUUUCUAUGAUUUUUUCA